UACUUUUUGUUGGCCAAGUGAGGAGUGGGGACGUGGUUUUGCAGCCAGAACGUCUCCCCGUGACAAUGAUCUGCAGGAACAAAAUCCCGAUUUCCUUUCAGGCUUUUGCUGUUCAUUGUCUCAUCAUCUCAGAACUCAGCUCACUGGGCCUCUGUGCGAUGGAAACGUGUCACACGGCCUGGUUCGAUGACGGCGACCUUUCAGAGGACGGCGACUCCGAGCUCCUGGCGGACUUGAGAAGGAACCACGAGGACAGAAUCUGCUCGGAGCCGCUGGACAUGACGGCUCAAACCGUCGCUGGACUCCAAUCUCAGCUCACCAAGAACGUCUUUCACACCCACAGUGCAUCAGAGGGUCUUUCCUGCCUCAACGCGGAGCAGGAGACGGACAGUCCGUGCACGGACUACAAGGUCCAGUUCACCUGCGCAGGAGAGUUCUGCUCAUCGUGUCGCACCAGCUGGUUCGAUCAGGACGACCCGGACGGGAAUGGAGACUUUGAGAACCUCGGUGAUCUCCUCCGGAGGAACCCUGGGCAGAUCUGUCCUCGUCCCAUCGCCAUCGAAGUUCGGACCGUCUCGGGAGACUCGGCCUGGAGUACCUCUGAGACAUUUCUGAGCCUGGACACCGCCUAUGGAUUCGCUUGUAUCAACGCCCGCCAGAACGACAGCAGCUGUGAGGACUACAAGGUCCGCUUUACCUGUCCUGAAGACUUCUGUCAAGUGUCCCAGGAGUGUCGUACCCAGUGGUUCAAUAGCGACGACCCGUCGGACGACGGCGACGUGGAGUCCAUACAUCAACUCCUCAAGUCCUACCCGGGCCAGGUCUGCAGAAACCCGCUCCAAAUUGAGGCCAGGACAACGAGCGGACUGUCUUCCGAGUUCACGGCGGACGUCUUCCUCACGUGA